GAAUGAACAUGAAUGGGGCUAAGACUUCCUCUUGGUUGUAUAACGGGGGAAUGAGCCACUCACGAAUUGCACGGGACGCGUCCCGGAAGAAGAUGGACUCCUUAUGUACUAUUCUUUGAUGCAACCACUGCUUUGGCUAAAACAAAAAAGCAGUUUGCAAACUUUGUGCAGAUCGUGUAAUGGGUUCUCACACGAACGUUAUGCGAAAAUAAACUGAAAAUCGUUGUAUAACUUGGAUGUCCCAUGUGUUUUACGUAGCUAGCUAAAAGUUUAUCAUAGCCAGCAACGUAGAUGCAGUAGAAAGGCUGAACUAGCAUAGGCUCUGAUUGUUUUGGUGUUUUAAAACUCUUCCUUGCAGCGAUUUAGCCUACGAAGUGCUGAUGCAGAGGUAUAUAGAUUGCCACUGUCAUAUCUCAGCGACAGAUUUUGAUGAUGACAUUGAUGAUGUUAUUGUCCAGUCACAAAAGGCUGGAAUUAUGGCUCUUAUUGGAGUAGCAGAGCAUGCUGGGGAGUUUGAGAAAGUCAUACAGCUUUCACAGAGGUUUCCUGGUUUUGUGAUGCCUUGCCUUGGAGUCCAUCCCGUUCAAGGGCGCGAUCCAGCAUGCCCUAGGGGGGCCUUACUAGAGGACCUAGAUUCUGCCUUACCCUUAAUAGAAAAAUACAAAGAGCACAUUGUGGCUAUUGGUGAGGUUGGCCUUGACUUCACACCGAGAGUGGUCAACAGUGAUGCAGGCAAAGAAAGCCAGAGACAAGUGCUCAUUCGCCAGGCAGAGAUCGCAAAGCACUUAAAUCUUCCUCUGAAUGUUCACUCAAGAUCUGCUGGAAGACCAACCAUUCAUCUUUUAAAGGAACUAGGUGUAGAAAAUGCCCUUCUUCAUGCAUUUGAUGGAAAAACUUCAGUUGCAAUGGAGGGUCUACAUGCAGGCUACUACUUCUCCAUACCACCUUCAAUUAUUAGAAGUGAACAGAAGCAAAAACUAGUGAAACAGCUGCCGCUAGAAAAUCUUUGUCUGGAGACUGAUUCACCAGCUCUGGGACCAGAGAAACAGGUGAGGAAUGAACCAAGAAAUAUCGUCAUUAGUGCUGAGUAUAUUGCUCAAACUAAAGGGAUUCCCUUGGAAAAGGUCAUCGAAGUCACCACACAUAAUGCUCUUCGUCUCUUCCCUAAGUUGAAGACAUUUAUCAAAGUUUAAGUGUGACAAGACUAUAUUUACAAAUUGCCAAGAUAUUUGUAUAAUGCUGUGCAGUUUGCAUGUAACUGGACCGAGAUACAGUAUAGCUGUGGUUUUGUACUUGAGCUUCAUGGAUUUAAUAUUAAACACUGACUUUAAGUUAAAGUGUA